CGGCCACAGAGCCACUGACCUCACCCGUAGCUCCUCCGCCCUCAUCCCCCCCCUCCGCACAAGAAACCGCUGCAGUGCGUCGUUUGCCCUCCACCUCCCUUUCCCUAUCUCGCCCCGCCCUCUGCGCUCACAGGAUAAGUAAGGGAAGCAAUUCCUAUCUCCCCUUUGUGUGCCUUGUAGAUAUAUGCCUGUGUAUCUCAGAAUUAUUGGUUACGAUCCCACUGAAAUUUGAAGAGAUUGGUGCUGGUUACAGUUUCUUCUCUCAGAAAGUUUGCUACUUUGACAUGGAUGCCUCUCUGGCCUCAGCUGUUGCCCCAAGAUGUUGCAGCACCAGUUCUUUCCCACCUAAUGGCAAACCAGUUGCUUUCCGUAAAUGUCCGUUCAGGAAUCCAAACCCUUGCUCACACCAUUGGAAGAAGCAAAAGCGACUCCGUUUUGUCCGUCCAAGAAUCGGCGUCAGAAGCGCAGAGGGGGUCGCUGAGAAGGGGGAAUUGGAUGUGAGCGUGAGUUCUGCCAAUGUGGUCGAUGUCCUUAGGUCCAUUUCCGAUCCGAUUCAGGCGCUGUCGUUCUUUAAGUCGGUGGCGCAGCGGUCGGUGGUCGUCCACACCACCGAGUCCUUCGAUUACAUGCUCGACUUCUUGAGGGUUCAUGGGCGGGUGGAAGACAUGGCUCUUGUGUUCGACUUAAUGCAGAGGCAGAUCGUGAAGCGGAGCCCUGACACUUUCUUGAUCAUCUUCAAGGCCCUCGGUGUCCGCGGGGGUCUGCGGAGUGCUCCGUUCGGCCUCUGGAAGAUGAGGGAGGCCGGAUUCGUGAUGAAUGCGUUCUCGUACAAUGGGUUGAUCUAUUUCCUUCUCCGGUCUGAUUCCGGUAGAGAGGCAUUGGAGGUCUACAAGCGAAUGAUUUUGGAAGGAAUGACGCCGAGUCUCCGGACUUAUUCCGCGCUCAUGGUGGCUUUGGGGAAGCGGAGGGAGACAGAAACCGUGAUGGGGCUUUUGGCUGAGAUGGAAGGGCUAGGACUGAGACCAAAUGUGUACACCUUCACCAUAUGCAUUAGGGUACUUGGCCAAGCAGGAAGAAUUGCUGAGGCUUUCGGUCUACUAGGACGAAUGGAGCAACAAGGGUGCCGACCUGAUGUCGUGACUUAUACUGUACUCAUAGAGGUGCUUUGUGAAGCAGGGAGGCUCGACGAAUCGAAGAAAUUAUUCUGGAAGAUGAAGGCCAGUGAUCAGAAACCGGAUAGAGUGACUUAUAUCACAUUGUUGGACAAGUUCGGUAACAUCGGCGAUUUGCAUUCAGUGCAAGAAUUUUGGGAAGAAAUGGACAAAGAUGGUUACCAUGCGGAUGUCGUUGUUUUUACUAUGAUGAUAAAUGCUUUAUACAAGGUAGGGAGGAUCGAAGAAGCUUCUUACAUGUUGGAUGUUAUGGCAGAGAAGGGUGUAUUGCCCAAUUUGCACACAUAUAACACUAUAAUUGGUGGUCUUCUGCGAGGGAACAGAAUGGAUGAUGCUCAGGAGCUCUUUAACCAUAUGGAUGUUCAUGGUCCGAUGCCAACAGCUUAUACCUAUAUCCUGUUCAUAGACCACUAUGGAAAAUCUGGAGAGUUUGAGAAAUCUUUUCAGACAUAUGAGAUUAUGAAGAGUAAGGGUGUUGUUCCAGAUAUUGUUGCUUGCAAUGCCUGUUUGUAUGGUCUUGCUGAGUCUGGAAGGCUUGAACGGGCAAAGGAAGUUUUUCAUGAACUAAUGGCUGUUGGAAUUUCUCCUGAUACCAUCACCUAUAAUAUGAUGAUUAAAUGCUGCAACAAGGCUGGCAGAGUUGAUGAAGCUCUGAAGAUGUUCAGUGAAAUGAGACAAAGAGGGUGUUACCCAGAUGAGAUUACAGUCAAUUCUCUGAUUGAUGCUCUCUACAAGGCUGGUAGGGUGGAUGAAGCUUGGAAUGUGUUUCAUGGUAUGAAGGCAAUGAAUCUUGUGCCCACUGUAGUAACAUACAACACAUUGCUAGCAGGAUUGGGAAAAGAGGGAAGAGUUAAAAAGGCCAUGGAUUUGUUUCAGGAUAUGAGCCGCCACAAUUGUCCUCCAAAUAUAGUAACGUACAACACCAUGUUGGACUGUCUAUCUAAAAAUGGUGAGACAGACUGUGCACUGAACAUGCUCUAUGGCAUGACAGAGAAGGACUGUUUACCUGAUCAACUAUCUUACAACACUGUAAUCUAUGGUUUAGUUAAGGAAGACACAGUUAGUGAAGCAAUAUGGCUCUAUCAUCAAAUGAGAAAAGUUCUGUUUCCUGAUUUUGUAACUUUAUGCAGCAUCUUGCCAAUCCUUUUGAGAAAUCAAAUGUUACAGGAUGCUGUCUAUAUUACCAACACAUAUAUUUUUCAGCCUGAUGCUCAAACAGACAGAUUUUCCUGGGUAGCUCUCAUGGAAGGAAUAUUAAAUGAAGCUGGAAUUGAUGAAUCAGUUAAAUUUGCAGAAAGGAUCUGUAGUAAUGGCACAUUCCAGAAUGACUACUUGUUGUGCCCUCUUAUCAAGUUUCUUUGUGAGUAUAAAAAUGCUUGGGAUGCAUAUAAUCUGUUUGAGGCAUUUAAAGGAUAUGGUAUUUCACCAACCAUCGAAGCAUAUAAUCCUCUUAUUAAUGGCCUCCUUGAAACCAACCUAGUUGAAGUUGCUGAAGGGCUUUUUGCAGAGAUGAAAAACGUUGGCUGUUCACCGGAUGUUAACACCUACAAUGCUUUUCUUGAUGCAUAUGGAAAGUCAUCAAGAAUUGAGGGAUUAUUUAAGCUGCAAGAAGAGAUGCUUUCUAGGGGAUGCACACCGAACAACAUAACCUACAAUACAAUCAUUUCAGGCCUUGUCAAGUCAAAAAUGUUGGAUCAGGCAAUUGACAUGUAUUAUGAUCUGAUGUCGGAAGACUUUUCCCCUACUCCAUGUACAUAUGGUCCUCUCAUUGAUGGACUUCUAAAGUCAGGAAGAGUAACUCAGGCAGAAAGUUUGUUCAACGAGAUGGUUGAGUAUGGAUGUAAACCUAACUGUGCUAUAUAUAACAUUCUUAUAAAUGGGUUUGGAAAGGCUGGUGAAGUAGUAAAGGCUCUUCAAACUUUCGAAAGGAUGGUUAAAGAGGGAAUCAGGCCAGAUGUGAAGUCAUACACCAUUCUCAUAAACACACUUUACAUGGCUGGCAGAGCGGAAGAUGCUCUCUUCUAUUUUGAGGAAUUGAGGGUUACUGGACUUGAACCUGAUUUGAUUACCUACAAUUUGAUGAUUAAUGGUCUUGGAAAAACUCAGAGACUACAAGAAGCUGUUGCUCUCUUUGAUGAAAUGCAAGAUAGAGGAAUAUUUCCUGACUUGUAUACUUACAAUUCCUUGAUUCUCAACUUUGGGAAGGCUGGGAUGGUGGCUGAAGCUGGAAAGAUGUAUGAAGAACUCCAAAUCAAAGGUUUCCGACCUAAUGUUUUCACAUAUAAUGCACUAAUUCGAGGUUAUAGCACAUCAGGUGAUGCUGACCAUGCUUAUGCUGUGUAUAAGAAGAUGUUAGUUGGAGGGUGCAACCCUAAUUCAGGAACAUUCGCACAACUUCCUAACCAAUCAUGAAGCAAGUUAGAAUUUGUCUAUAUGUAUCACAGAUUGUAUGUUACAAAUUCUUCUUAGAAAAUAGAAAUAUUGAUGUCAACUAACUUCCAAUGCUGUAUCAUAGUCAAUAAUGAUGCUAUUAGCAUUUUAAAGCUGAUCUAAUUAUUUCAAUUUUCUUUUA